UGGCUUCAUUUACACUGAUAUAGACCUCUGACUAAAAUCUGUGGAUUAUUUGGAAUAGCUGUUUAUAAAGUGUUCAGCAAAAUUGGAUUUGUGCAACACGGAGGGAUUUAAUUGAUUGACGGAAAUUUUAUAUUUACUGUGAAUUACAGAAGGAUAUUACCACCAUUAUAAUAUAGUUUCAUUUUAGACUAUAGGAGUCAAUAGGAUGUAUUUACGGUUCUCUAUUUUGGGGAAUAUUUUGUGAUGUCAGCUGUUGAUGUAGGAAACAGAUUAAGAGAGAUUUAUUGUUGAAGAGGUGAAGUCUAACCAAUGAGAGAAGCCCUUACAUCAUGUGAUAUCGAUUUAUUUUCUUAAUCAAAUGUGGAUAUUUAUCAUCAAGAGUUUAUAAAGUGAAAUUGCGAGAAUGUAUUGUGUCAAAAUGUCCAAUAAGCGAUUUUGGAUCAUAGCAGUAUUAGUUCUAUCAACAAUAACGUUAACCCACGGUCAAGGUCGUUGUGAGACUAUCUACAACAGUGGUCAUGCAAUCGCGAACUGUUCAAAUCGCGGGUUUGAUUACAUCCCAUGGGAUUUACAUCAUGACAUACGAACCCUCGAUCUCAGUGACAACAAUAUAUCACAACUACGUCCUAACUCGUUCGAUAAAUAUGUCAACAUAGAAAAACUUUUUCUGCGAGGAAAUCAACUGAAGUCAAUCCAACCUUCGGCAUUGAACAAUCUUCAUCGUUUAAAAGUUUUGGACUUGUCUCGGAAUCAAUUCAGUUCUGUCCCGACUAAAGCACUGGCAGAUGUCCCAAACUUAAACAGUCUGUCUAUGAGUGCUAAUCGCCUAAAUGGAUUAGACAAGAAUGCUUUUCAAGGACUACCAUUUCUUCGUGAUCUGAAUCUCGCUGGCAAUCAUAUCAAUGUGAUUUCUCCGUACGCUUUCUCUGGUUUGGAUCUGUUGGAGACAUUAGAACUACAGGACAAUGCUCUUCAAAGUUUAACAUAUGAAGCCGUGGGUGAAUUUGGUUACAGGUUAAAAACAAUUCGCUUGUAUAACAACCCUUGGUUCUGUGACUGUCAUCUUCAGUGGCUUAAGAAGUGGUUAAACAAUGGAACAUUACUUCACGGACUCGAAUGGAACUUUCCUGGUUUAGAAACACAAUGUGCCGGACCCUCUUUAAUACAGAAGAAACCACUAAGUCGUGUCCCCCUGGAAGAAUUUGCUUGUCCCAUAGAGAUGUAUACUAGUGGUUCUCGCGUGAUUCUAAAACCUGGCGAUUCCACAGCUUUGUACUGUAAAUAUUUUUCCAUCACAGAAAGUUCCGUCAUAUGGUUUAAAAAUAAUCAACAAAUCACUAAAGAUUUCCGAACAGACAAAUACAGAAUUGUUGAAUCGGGAAAUUCUGUGAAACAAAGCGUGCUCAACAUCCACGACUUUCAAAAAGAAGAUGAAGCAGAGUAUCGAUGUCUUGCCGAGAACAUCCGAGGAACAGAUUACAUCACAUUUGAUGUGACUUUUGAAGUUCCCAAGACAACCUCUCCAAAAGAGUUGGCUACCUCCCCACUUACAAGUCAUAAUAACAAGAAAAUUAUUAUUGCCAUGUCAACCAUAGCCGCCUUUAUUGUUCUAAUUAUUGUAGUGUGUCUAGUUAUUCGUUCUGUCCUUAGAAUACGAAAACGCCAAGAACAGAAACGGGAUGAAAUUCGACUUCAGUUGAAACACCACGAGCUGGAAACCACAAAUAAAGAUAAAUCACAUGAGAGACUGGAGGGUGAAGAGAGUUCAAAUGAUGAAACCAUGACCAAAUUCAGACCGGAAGACAGAGACUCCAUUCAUUCAGAUAACUCAUUCUCACAUAUCUACGCUCCGACACAAGCGAAUGGGAACACUUAUAUUUCGUUUAGCAGUGAGUUGACAGAACCAGAUGAUAUAAGUCAGAUCUACUCGGCAAUUCGCAACCCCCCUCCUCCACCAGGAUCACACACCGAAUCAACCACUCCUCUUUUGGACUACUAUUCUCCGUCACAGUAUGAAUCGGAUGAACCCAUCUAUGACACUAGAGCGUAUUCGGUAGCUAGUGUCAACGUACCACAUCGAACAAAUUAUUACAUCGCCCAAAGUUACAGUCCUCGUACACCAGGAAGCGUCCGCUCCAAUAAUAUCUACCCAGAUCAUGACAACAGCUUAAAUAAUAAUUACCAUGAUGAACCAGACUAUAGUGACAUCAGAGACUACAGUAGACCAGAUUAUCUAGACUAUAGUGAUUAUCAGGAUGUGUAUAAGUUUCCCUGUAGUCCUGCACCAGAUGGUAAAAAUCUAAACAAUAAAAAAAGUGCUUCGGUUGGUCAUUUAGGACCCAUGGGUCCACGUAAACCUCCGAGAUCAUUCCACACGCAUCGUCCACGGGGGACGACAAGUGAGAUAGGAGGAGUGAACUAUUCAGUGCGACCUCAUGUCGCUAAUGGUGAUUUAAUCGUGAAAUCUAACUAUAUGUAUCGACCACCCGGAGUGGCCAAUAGUGAAAUUAUGGGACCAACAUAUUCGCAGCCAAUGCGGCAGUUCGGUAUGCCUGCAGGUCAAAACUAUGGUGCUAAUUAUAAUAAAAGGCCUGCAAUGCAAAACAGUGACUCAAUUAAAAAUGGACGUCCUCAGAUAAUCGCUUCUAAUUUAUCAAAGGCUCCACGAUCUGUGAAUAGUGACACAUUAGGCUCAUCUGCCUCUCAAAGAUCGGCGGGAAGUUCUGUGAAUUCUCUGGAUCUGUUCCCAACACCAAUUUCUCUACGAAAUAAAGCAGGCAGUGGACCAAGCACGCCUACAUCUCCGCAGCGGUCUCAUAACUCAAGUAUUGGAUCUCCAGGCUCAUUUAAAGACUUACCACCAGGUACUCCUGUAUAGGUACAUAUGUAACAGCAUCAUCAGAGUUGACUCCCUUGCCAUAAAGGAUUACCUCCCUUGAUAAUGACUUAUUUCAUUUCACUGUGUUACACUAUUAAAGUAUUGUUAAAACUUUUGUGAAUAGUGGACCAAAGUAUUACACAAAGAAGUACUAAAAAGACAGACUUCAGUUUUUAUUUUCAUCAAAAAAUAUAAUAAAUGUUUCUGUAUAUAUUAUAUAUAUAUUACUUAUCUUUUACCAAUUACAUGUACCAUUGAUCUAUGUUACAUGGAGAAAUGUUUUUGCAUUGGACACACUCUGCCCCUCGAUUAAUCAACAGAUAUAUAUUUCAGCUUGUUGUUAUUCUCGGGGGAGUGACAUUCUUCGAAAAAGUCUAUGGCUCUGUCAAUUCAAUUCCAAUUGACAUGAAACUUAGCAUGUUUGUUCCUUCAACAAUUGGACAUCAAUCGACAGACUUUGAUUUUUUAUAUUGUGUCAUGAUUCCCAGAUGACGGCGAUGGUGUCAGGCUUGGUUCCUAGUACUAUCUAUCAAUAAUGACAUUUGUUACCAGUAUGGAAAGCUAUUAUAUUUAUUAACACAUGUAAUUUCUUUUUGUAACAAUUUUUUAGUAAAUCUUUAACAAUAAUUCUCUUGGCAUUGUAUUAAUUAAUGACAUGGUUGUGAUUUCAAAUACCGCAUAUUGUAAAAUUUACUUGUACAUUAAACUCUUAUGUGCAUAAGAGUGUAAAUUAUCAGAUUUUUAUCUGUUUUACGAGAUUCGCAACAAUUUUACAUCACAAUACUCCCAAUUUAUAAACACUAGUCCUGACAAACUGACAAUUAUACUGAUCCACCAAAAACUUAUUUUUUGGGUGUAUUCUUACCUUUAAAACACAGUUUAGGAAAAAAAAGUAGUAUUUUUGUGUAUAUUGCUUUACUACUUUAUAAACACAAUUUGAGGAAAAAAUAUGAAAUGAGCUGGCCCUGACAUUGUUAAAUUGUAUUUUAAUCAAACUCAAAGUAAAGUGAAGUAUAUCAAUCAAGAAACGAUUUUCUAGUCCCGAAUUCUCAAUCAACGAUAUUCAACUGACAACAAAAUGAACCACAUAUUUAAAACGUUAUACAAUAUUUUAAUUUUGUAAAUUUUACAUUCAAUAUUAGUCAUAUAUUUUUAAUGAGAUUUUAAUUAUCGAGACACAAUGAUGUAUCAAUUUACAUUUGACAUGACCAUAUCGUCAAAGAAAUACGAAACUGCAUAUCAAAUGCAACAGUUUCUGUUCAUGACAAAGAGCAUCGAGGAGCAAAUAUAUCAAUUUACAUUUGACGUGACAAAAUCGUCAAAUUAAAUGCUGUAAUCUUAAGCAGGGUUUACACUGUUAGACUAUUUGUCAGGCAUGUGGAAAGUUGGUCCAUCUUGAUACUACCUUGACAUGCAAUGCAUGUCAGAAGUUCUAAUAAUGGACUGAGCUUGACUGACAGACUUGACGACUUUGCAAAUAUAAAGAUAAAAUUUAAUUCGCAGACUGACUUGCCGCACUGUGGGCAAGCUUGAAAAUGAGGCACCUGUUAUUAUGUCUGCCACAGAUUUGCCUUUUAUAAGUAUUUUAAUGAUAUUUACAAUAAAUGUCUGACGCAUAAAGGCGCAUAACAAUUUGUCAGGUACAUCUAAAAUAAUUAUAUCCAGACUUGACUGUGUAAACCUGGCUUUACUAUAAACUUUGUAAACAAUUUUUACAGCACAACUUAACUUGUGAUUUACAACAUCCAAUGAUAUUGUUAAUUGAAAUAUAUGUAAAAAUUCAAGCUGUAUUUAAAAAGCUACAUAAUGUCUUUGUUUUGUUUAUAAUUAUUAAACAUAUUUUGUAUUAUAAUUAUUUAUUUUUAGAUCUAACUCUACAUGUUUGUGUCAUGUGAAUUUGUUGUUUGUUUUUUUACUUGUGUAGAAUGUUUGUUAAUAUUCGAUUGUUUGUUUGUUUAUUUGUUUAUUCAAUGGAAUAAAAACAUGGAUAUAAUAAU